CUGCUUUUAAGUUGUCCGCACAAAAGCCGGUCUUGAUUUUGGCAUUCUAUCGUUAAAACAGUUGAAAACCACGUUUGCUGUUAAAAUAAGCGAAAAAAAAGUCGCAUAUUUGAAUACUGGGUGUAUACGGACGACUUAUCACACUUUGUUAUAUGUUCUGCGUCACUUUUUUGAAUCGGCAGCUAAACUGGCAAUCGUCUGUGCUAUUCGUUGACACCCCGCACACCGAAAAAAAAAAAAACACUACUGAAGAGUAACCUCUGCUACCCGUCAUAAGUUGUGAGUUUUAAAGUUAAAAAGUGAAAAAUUUUAUAUCCAAGCGUCUAUUUUAAUAAGAGCAAUAAUUUACCAAUGGUCACAGUUUGAAAGUUACGGGGAUUUUUUGGCUCUAACGAACCAGCUGCCGCCGAAAUGAACUCGUAUCACGUUUUGUCGCUGGUGGGAGAGGGCUCAUUUGGACGGGUUUACAAGGGAAGGAGAAAGGGUAGUGGCAUGGUGGUGGCUCUUAAGUUCAUGCCAAAGCUGGGUCGCUCUGAAAACCAGCUACGAAGUCUCAAAAGGGAAAUUGAAAUUAUGAGGGACCUUCGGCAUCCCAAUAUUGUCCAGCUCUUUGACAGUUUUGAGACUGAAACUGAGGUUGUGAUUGUCACUGAGUACGCAGAGGGCCAGUUGUUCCAGAUCCUUGAGGAUGAUGGAAACUUACCAGAGAGCCAGGUCCGUGAGAUUGCCUGCCAGCUGGUCUCUGCUCUGUACUAUUUACAUUCCCAUCGCAUUCUUCACCGUGACAUGAAACCCCAAAACAUCCUGCUAGAAAAAAGCGGUGUGGUGAAGCUCUGUGACUUUGGGUUUGCCAGAGCGAUGAGCGUCUCCACCUUAGUGCUGACUUCUAUCAAGGGAACGCCGCUGUACAUGUCCCCUGAGCUGGUGGAGGAGAAACCAUAUGACCACACUGCUGAUCUCUGGUCUUUGGGAUGCAUCCUUUAUGAGCUCCACACGGGGGCGCCUCCGUUCUACACGAACUCCAUCUUCAAACUAGUGCAACUCAUUGUGAAAGACCAAGUGAAAUGGCCAGAAACCAUGAGCAGCACUUGCACGAGCUUCCUGAAAGGCUUGUUGACCAAAGACCCCCAGAAACGGUUGUCAUGGCCUGACCUCUUGUACCAUCCCUUUGUUGCUGAUGGUGUUCUAGUUUUGCCAGCCACAAAUGUGUCCAGGCCCUUGACUGUCACACCCAGCCCUGACAUGCUGGCGUUGAAACUCCAGCAAGUGGCAGAGAAGACUGUACCAGCUUCUGCAGAAAGCAGAUUGCUGCGAAAGGUCAGGGAACAAACAGAAAACUGUAAUAAGAGGAAACCACCAGGAAGUGACAGUGCCAAAAAAAAUAAGGAUGGAAGGGAAAAUGGUGCGAUGGCAGCAGCAAUGUCCCCUAGAGUGUGCAAUCCCAAGCCCUCUCGUGGCGAUGUUUCUGUCAUCUCGGGUCAGCUGGAUAUGAUGGCUGCUAAUCAAAGCCUCGGACCGAAGAUUCAAGCUAGCUCAACAUCAAAGCACAGGGGUCAGAUAAGCAUAGACUACGAACGGGAAUUUCCCUCUAUAGAGAUCGGGCCGCGACUUGUGCGGAGAUGCAGGGAGGAAAGCCACACCUCACUGCAAUUGCAGGAUGUAAACAACAAGGAAUACUGGGAGAAUCUGGCCGAACUAUCCGAUCCCAGCAGACAAACGAGAGAGAUCUUAGAUUACAGCAUAAUUAUAUCUCAAAUUAAAUCCAAGAUCCAGGCAUUUAAAGCUCAGCUAAAAGGAGGCGUGGUAAAAGAAGUUCAGCAGAUUCAGCAACCAAUGAGGGUCCUACAUAAUCUGCUAGUGAUGGCCGAGGUUGAGAAGUUGAAUCAUGUUGGCCGUGAACUUGGACUACCCUGCGUCCUCUUUGGCCUGAUCCAGGAUACUGUAGAAAGCUCAGAUUUCAUUAAGCACCAGCAGAGUAUCCCCGUCCUUCAAGAAAUGAUCACAGUGAUCCUGAUCUACUGGGAGAAGAACUGUGCCUGGGUGGAACAAGAACAAAGCCUGGAAGAGUUCACCAAGUCCUUCAAAACAAUUCUUAGUCAACCAAAUCUCAGUCGUCUGGUCCCUCUGGCUGCUAGUGUUUUGUCUCUCUUCACACAACACAAUGUUGAUGUCGAAGUUGAUGUGGAGCAUCUAAUAUGCUUGCUGAAAACUCUGGUCUUGGACCCAUGUGAGCCCCACAUUUCUCCACCCUCUGGUUGGGGACUCUGUGAUGGCCUGCUGUCUUUGUUCCUAGAUGCACUUAAUGAGCAUGAGAAUGGCCCUUUGCCCUCGGGUUUAAAUCCAGUUUUCUUCCUGAAUCUGUGGAAAAAGAUCGGUGCUUCCCUAGAAGGUGCAACAUCAGACUCUGACUUCUGUUCAGCAAAUGGGCUGUAUUUCUUGCUCUCUGCUUUGCUGUUUGUCUUCACCAAAGAUCCACGUUUGUGCAUUCCUCUGUUUUGUGAUGUUGGAUCAGAAUGUGUGUACGCUCUCGGCCGCCUGCUGGGCACCGAGUGUCUUCAUUUGUUUGCCAAGGGCAAUCCUGGGAGACCCAGGUUGGAUCUGAGUCACAACACUUUAUCCACACUGAGCUGCCACUUGUUAUGUUUUCCAUUCGCCCUGGACCUGCCUCCACACACCAUGUCCACGGUUCUCCAGUUGUAUGACAGCUGUGGUAUUGUUACAAGCCUCCUGCAGGUAAUUCAAACCCUUCCUCUUCAGCUACUGGAGCUGCCUCUUUCCCUUCUGAGCCGCUUGCUCCUGUGUGAUCCCCCCCACUCAAUUGACCACCUCACAAAAGCAGCUUCUUGCUUUUUCUCGCCAUCCUGGGACGAUCAGCUCCCUGCCUCCAGCCGUCAGAGUCGUCCAACCAGAACUGCCAGCUCUCUGCUCCUCAAACUCCUGCAGCUGGAAAUUCUGUGGGAAGCCGCUCUGGAGCUCCUCACUCUAUUGUCUUGCAUAGCCCGUUGUCCCUCCUGUCCCUUUCAGCUUUAUGUAGAAACCUCAGUGCUGCAACAUGCACUGGCUCACUCGAAUGAGCAGAUCAGGGCUGCCACGUGUAGAUUUUUAGGAAAUUUGGAUCCAUUCAGGCCUCUCACACAACACACCCUCCAACCUGACAUUUUCAAAGCCAUGAUAAACUGUCUUAAUGAUUCUUGCGUGCCUGUCCGGCAGGUUGCUUGCCGGUCAGUUGGGAACUGGUUAGGCUGUAUUGCAGCUGGGCUGCAUAUGGAUAGAUCCAAUGAGAAGGGGAUAUAUAGAGGGAGAUGCUGCACAGGAAAGCAUCAAAAUAAACAGAGGUAUUCAGAUAUUGAGGCAGCAAGUGAUUUGGAAACAAUAAGAGAGCAGAGAAUGGAGGAGGUGGUGGAGAGGAGGUGGACACAUGAAGCCAGGAGGACCGUGGCCAUGCUGGUAUCUCUAAUCUGUGAUCCUGAUGCCCUCACACGUCGUCACUGCUGCGCUGCCCUGGGAAACCUGCUAAAUGUUGAUGGAGCUGUAUCCUUGUUGCUGGAGGAAAAUGUGCCCGGCUUACUUCUAAGAACUGCAUGCACAGAUUCCCAUAGUGCAGUGAGAAAAGCUGCCAUAGGAUCUUUAUACCUGUACAGCCAGCAGGAUGCCAUGCGUCAGGUCCUGAUGUCUCUUGAUGCCAGUAAGAAGCUUGUUCAGACUUCACACCAUGCUCCUCCACAGUGUGACUAUCAGCGGCUCAUUGGACAGCUGACUCCACCAGAAGAGUCAGCAGCUUAAACACCUGCUCCCUGUUUAACUUUACAACAACAUAUUUGUCUGAAGCCAUGUUAGAGAACGACAGUUUCCCCGUUUAUGAAUCAAAAUAAAACUGUUUUUACUGUU